AUGGCAUCACCAGUCAAGUUUGAUAUUCCGGCUUCCGCUCGUUCAUUCACCUACUUUUCGCAUUUGCCGCCCGAAAUCCGAGAGCAAAUAUGGGAGGAUGCCAUCUUCGAACCUGGCAUGCAUUUCCUACGUUUGAGGACUGCGGCUCGAAUCAUUCAUUUUCCCUCACCGAUGCCGCCAGGAUCAUUCGAUGACCAAGAUCCAAAGAACGAAGACGAUGUCCUUCUCGACUUUGCACGAGAGGUGGUACCUAAGAGGGUCUGGCCCGCCAUCCUAGAGCCCCGAUACCCGAUACCCCAAGCCAACAUCUCCAACUACGUCUCCGUCAAUCACGUCCUCAACAAGUUGUCGGCUACUUGCUUCGAGGCAGCCAAAGUCGUUCGUCGUCUAACCAAUGCACCUGGUGGCUUGAAGCUAAAGGACGGUUGCGUCGUCUCGCUCGGCGGCUCCUCUGACGUGGUCUGCCUCGAGUACUUGUCCGCCGACGAUUUUCGAAGCUGGUGUCGCAUGUCUCAAUCAAUCAGAUGCAAUGAACUUGCUAAUAUCCGCCACGUCGCCAUCCCUUACUGCCACGCGUGGGAAACCAGUGUCAGCGGUUUUCGGUGCGGCCACUGCGGCACCCGUUACUCUGGCCAUGCGACCAAGGUCUACCCUGUCCACCUCUACGAAUUUCUUGCCCAGUGUUUGCCGAACCUAGAGACAUUUUACUUCAUUGACUAUCUUAUAGUCGAGAAGAACGCGAGCCUCAAAUGGCCAGAGAACGCCCCGGAUCAAGCCACUGCCCCGCCGUCAGAUAUUGAACCCCAAGAGUCUACUACCCUUGAGCCGUCUAAGAAGCGUACAAAGGAAGAUGCUGCUAACGGUCGAUUAUCGCCGAACAAAGUGGCUGACUUGUUCGAGACAUUGGAAGUGACCAACAACACAAAGCGAGAGACCGAAUCCUCAAGCACAGAUCCGACGGCGAAGAUUGCACGACAGGGUUUCAAAUGUGAAGGCAGAGUCUUUUAUGAACCAAACGAUCACUGGGAUGUCAAGUCUAGAGUAGUCGACACCAUAUCCUGGCUACAGGAGAGGUUCAUUCUCUACGCCACCCAAAGCAAGAACAGCAAGCAUACACACCCCAGGAGGGUCCAAUUCAAGGUUCUGGCAUGCAAAUGGAAUGAGAGGGAAUCUGAUCCACAGUCGAAGCUGAAAAGAGCUUCACUUUCUGCCAAAAAAGCCUCGGCAAAGAAGCCGCGAUCACAAUGCUGCUCCAAGCAAGAUGUGCCAUCGGUUCAGGAUCACAAGGCCCCUUUGGCUUCCCCAUCGUCGCCAUCACUUUCCAUCCCUGACGACGGUUUCGAUUACGUUUUUGGAAGAGAAGAUGGGUGUAACUUUGGCUUCAGCCAAGCCUCUGGAUUGUAA